ACACUAUAUUUCGGAAACGACGUCGUAUCCUGGCACUAAACGUUUAUUUGUCAAAUCUAUCAGACGUGCUUUCUAGAGCUCUCGAAAAAACGAAGAUAUUCACGAAUUAUGGAGUCAAAAAACGAAACAAAGGUUAAAAAUAACCUAUGGAGGCGUCUGUCCCGAGGUGUGGGAACAGAACACGUGAGCGCAUUUGCGGCACUCUUCAGAAACUGUUUUCGGAUUUAGUAGCCUGUGUCAGACCCGCUAGGUCCACGUUCCCCGACGGUGAUACCAAAUGCCCAACAAAAGGAGGGGAGUCCAAUACAAAUCCCAUCUACAGAGGGCUCCAAAUCACCGUGCCAUGGACCAGUCCCGUGUUUGAGUACCCCACAUCUCGGUUCCUUACAAAUGAGGAGCUGAAGGCUCAGGUGAACCUGCUGGAACUCAGGUUCCGAAAGCAGUCCGAGAUCCUUGCGAGGCACGGGCAUCGGACCUCCGUUCUGCAGAAGAUUGCAGCCACCCGUUUUCCGUAUUUCAACGACGAGAAAGUGGCUGAAAUGGCCGAUCUAGUUGAGAAGAUCAAACUGCGCGGUUCAACUCGGAGUCAGGCUUAGACGGUGAUUCCAGCUCCCCAACAAAAGAAGAGAAUCCCAUGCCGAAUCCAAUCUACAAAGGGGCCCAAAUCACCGUUCCUUAGACUGGUUCCGUGUUCGCAUACCCCACAUCUCGGUACAUCACAAACGCCGAGCGGAAAGCUGGGAUGGACCUGCUGGAACUCAGGUUCCGGAAGCAGUCCGAGAUCCUGGCGAGGCACGAGCGUCGGACCGCCGUCCAGCAUAAGAUUAAGCAAAGCAAAGCAAUAUACCCCCUCUUCUUCGAAGGGGGGCAUACAAAUGGUUACAAUAAAACAGCAUAUUUAUUUAUACUAAAAUGUAUUAAUCAAAACAAAAAGUUAACAUAGAACACAAAUAAACUAAUUUGAUUCUCCUGGGGCUCGAACCUUGUGCCUCUCACAUGUGAAGCAAGCGUGUAACCACUACACUACGGAACCGCUUGAAAAAUCACCUUCUUACUAAGAUAUUAAUAAGCUAUUAAUAGUCGGUUUAAAUGUAAACCCGGAAGUUUAAACGCUGGAUAGUGAGCGGGGUUAAAGGUCCAUACCAAAGGGUUCAUACCACUGGCAAGAUACGGGUCAGGCCUGCGGUCUUCUAUAUGUGGUUCUUAAAUAAACAACCCUGUAGGAGGACUUGAUAGUAAUGAAACUGGGGUGCUGUGAUGGUACUACUCAUUGAUAAGCGGCUGUUUCCUUUAUCAGCCAUUGUGUGAAUACGUUUUUUGUCAAUGUGACCUUGACCUUUGACCUAGUGACCUGAAAAUCAAUAGGGGUCAUCUGCGAGUCAUGAUCAAUGCACCUAUGAAGUUUCAUGAUCCUAGGCCCAAGCGUUCUUGAGUUAUCGUCUGACAACCACCUGGUGGACGGACCGACAG